AUGGCCUAUUCAUCGCGACCAACCUCAAUGCUUCCUGGUGGGGUUAGGCAGCCUCAGCCCUCGUCUGCUCUGACCACCCGCAUUGCUGCUAAGAAAGCCGAGCUGGAGAAUCUACGCCAACUACGUGAUUUGAGCGGAACGCUCGCGAUGCAAAUGCAAGCACUUGAGAGCAAGAUUGCCACGUUGAAGGAUGGCACUGAAGCCGUUGCAUGCGUUCUUGCCAAUUGGGACAAUGUCCUCCGAGCUAUCAGCCUCGCCUCCAGCAAAGCUGGUGGGCUGCAUGACCCGGAUCAAGCCGAGGAUUCUGCAAAUGACUCCAGAUUACCAGCCACCUUGGUUCGCAUCCCUGACCAAGGUGAAUGA